CCACUCAGACGUCUCACUGCAAUGGACCUUUAGCGAAAUGUCUUUUAUGCAGAAGUAGUUCUGUACUGUACCUAAAUAUAAGCUGCAUUGUGGGAAUUAAAGACUUCAGGAAUAACGAAAAUGGACAGUAUUACCACAGUGAGUCAGAUAAACGGAGACUCAAAACAGGAGAAAACUGAUGAUGCUCAGUCAACGUCGAGUUCACAGGUUGUUUGUGGAGGGUGUCGAAAGAAACUUCGGAGUUUGUUACCAGUGAAUUAUAGAGAAGAAAUUGUAGAGCAGGGGAAGCUGGCUGGACCCGUGUUUAUAUCUCAGCUGAUGAUCUUUCUGAUCAGCUUCAUCAGCACUGUGUUCUGUGGACACUUGGGGAAAACUGAACUGGCUGGUGUGGCUCUGGCUAUUGCUGUUAUUAAUGUGUCUGGCAUCUCCAUCGGAUCUGGAUUGGCGUCUGCAUGCGAUACACUCAUCUCUCAGACGUUUGGGGGUAAUAAUCUGAAGCGGGUGGGUGUGAUACUGCAGAGAGGGAUUCUCAUCCUCCUGUUGGCCUGUUUCCCCUGCUGGGCGCUUCUCAUCAACACAGAGCCGAUCCUGCUGGCUGUCCGGCAGAGUCCCACUGUGGCCAGUAUGUCACAACUCUAUGUAAAAAUAUUCAUGCCAGCUUUGCCUGCUGCAUUUAUUUAUCAGCUGCAGGGACGAUACCUUCAAAAUCAGGGUAUUAUUUGGCCUCAGGUCAUCACAGGAGUAGCAGGGAACGUCCUCAACGCUUUAAUAAACUACAUCUUCCUUCAUCUGCUAGAUCUUGGUGUGCCUGGAUCUGCUGCUGCAAACACCAUUUCCCAGUAUUCAUUGGCUGUGCUUCUCUUUGUUUAUAUUCGCUGGAAGGGCCUGCAUAAAGCCACCUGGGAUGGCUGGUCUAGUGACUGUCUGCAGGAAUGGGGUCCAUUCAUUCGCUUGGCUCUUCCCAGCAUGUUCAUGCUUUGUGUACAGUGGUGGGCAUAUGAGAUUGGUGGAAUCCUGGCAGGCCUCAUCAGUGAGGCUGAGCUGGGAGCCCAAUCCAUUGUGUAUGAGCUGGCCACUAUUGCGUUUAUGUUUCCACUGGGAUUUGCAGUGGCAGCCAGUGUGAGGGUGGGAAAUGCUCUUGGAGCUGGAAACACCGAACAAGCAAAGCUGUCCGCCAAAGUGUCUUUAGUCUGUGGACUGCUUGCAUCCUGUGUAGUCGCAACCUUUAUUGGAACUACCAGUGAUAUUGUUGGAUACGUCUUUACCACAGAAGAGGAAAUUGUGCUCAGAGUAUCAGAGGUCAUGAUCAUGUACAGCUUAUUUCAUAUAUUUGAUGUCAUUGUGGGCAUUACAGGUGGCAUUAUCAGAGGUGCAGGAAAGCAGCUGAUUGGUGCUCUUUCUAACAUUGUGGGAUAUUAUAUUGUGGGAUUCCCAAUUGGAGUGUCAUUGAUGUUUGCUCUCAGCAUGGGCAUAGUUGGUUUGUGGACAGGAUUUUUUGUAUCUGCUUUCACACAAUCUUUGUUCUUCAUCAUCCUCAUUUGCAAACUGGACUGGAAAAAGGCGACUCAAGAGGCCUUGAUCAGAGCUGGUGUUCAAGCCCCUGAGACCAAAGAUGAAUCUUACGCUAUGGAAAAUAAGGGCUGCACAGAAGAAGUGCCAGAAGAGUCCCAGCACACUGAAGAAGGCCAGACAGAUGCAAGCACAGACCUGGAAGGACUCAGUAAAGGAGAAGGAGGAAUAACAGACGCUGGCACAAAGGUCACAGUUGGGGCGGUUUUGACCACCAAACAGCUGGUUGUUCGUCGAGGACUAGCGGUUUUCUUCAUGCUGCUUAUACUAGCUGGUGGGAUUGUGUUAAAUGAAGUGCUCAUUAAAUUUCUCAGAUGAGCACAAUAAAUAUUUCUUCAUUGCAAAAUA